UUUCUAGACAAGUACUGCAUCUUCCAGAACGAUAGUCGAGAGAUGUAUAGGCAUGUCUUUGAUACGCUGGACCAGGGACGGUGUGGCUGGUUGUCCCGGGGGGAGGCAGCUACAGCCCUCAGGAUCAUCAACACAAAGCUCAACUCCAAGGAGGAGGAGUUUCUUUACAGGGUCCUGGAGCUGACAGGGUACAACACCUGUGACGGUGUCGACUUCAAGGUCUUCUCAGUGCUGGCCGCCCUGUCUCAGCGGAUCACAUCGCUAGAUUCGUGGAUGAAGCUGAUGAUCCAAGAGUUAGACUUCAAACACUUAGAGAUAAAAACAUUUCUCUGUAAGAAACUGUGGGAGAUUUGCGUUGACCCCACGACCAAGACAAUCCCGCUGGAGCAGCUGAUCGUAGAGCUGCGGUCCGGCGGGGUCAGCGAGAGCCACGAGGCGAGUGUGAAAGAGAGGCUGGGUCACCUGCCGGCCCUGGACCUGCUCGACUUCCUGACCUACUCGCCGCUGUUCAUCAUGAUACACCAGGCCAUCGUUGACAACCCGCUAUCCGUUGCCAGGGAUACGUAGACGAAAUAAAACCCAUACCGCCACUUCAGUGGUUCUAAAACGUUUCG